AUGAAGCCAAGCCUACCGGCCUGUGACUUUGCUUUAUCUUUCCGAGGGCCCACUUUCACGAUCGUACCACCACGGUUCAGCUUGACCGUGCACUCUCCAUUGAUCCAUAGACCGAUUGUCGAUAAGGACCUGGACAUGACGCUCUAUCGUCCGUUCGUCCACUCGACUCGACAACUCUACGACUAUCUGCUCGAGUCGCUUCCCUGGUAUCGCGUACAAUAUACAGUCCGAGGAAUGUCUGUCAAAACCCCAAGAUAUACGUCAGUGUACGGCAAAGAUAUAACAAAUAGCCGGGACAAGUUGUACCAGAAGCAACCGCGUCCAAUACCGCCCUUACUGGCAGCCCUGAAGAACGAGGUUGAAAAGGUGUCGGGUUCUUCAUUCAACUUUGUCCUAUGCAAUUUCUACGCCGAUGGGAAAGACUCAAUUUCGUAUCAUUCAGAUGACGAAUCCUUUCUCGGUCCAGAGCCCUCUAUAGCAAGUAUGACUUUGGGUGCCACGCGGUCAUUCUAUAUGAGGCCCAAGACAGACAAAUCUGUCCCCGUUCUGAAGACCGAUCUGAGAGAUUCAGAUCUCUUGAUUAUGCGCGGGAAGACGCAGCAUUGCUGGGAGCAUAGCGUUCCUAAACGAGCAAAUGCUGCACCACGCAUCAACCUUACGUUCCGGAAAGCAAUGAACGUCAAAGGAACGAAUAAUUAUUACAGGUAUAACGUCGGUGAUGGUCCAGUUUUCCGAUACAUACAUGGACGAAUGGUACAAAUCAUGUCGGACAAUUCAAAGACCAACGAGCCCGCGGUUCUCAUUUGA